AUGGACAAAAGAGAAGGACGAGGGUCUGGUGGACCUGUGGAUGAAUCUGGGCCAGCAAUAGUGAAAACUGCCUCAGAGCCAGCUGACAACUGCACAAGUGAAGGAGAGAUCGAAGAAGACCAGAAUUCUUCAAUCCCAGAUACACCAGAGCUGGAGAUGUGUGGAUCAGGCCAAGAAACAGAUGAAGAUUACUUUGAAACUCAGUCACAUCAAAGUGAAUCACUGUCAGAUAUCAAGACAGAGCCUUAUGAAAGUGUGUCAGACUCAGAGUCCAUUGCUAGUGAUGUCACUAGAGAACCCAAUCUUUCUUCAGAAAUAGAAGAAUCAUGGUAUAAGCAUUCCAAAACAAAAGGAGAUAGGUCUCCUCCCAAGUGUUUCACAAAAGAGUUUGGAUUUAUUCAGAAGGAAAGUGUGGAAUUCCCUUCAGUCUUACAUGUAGCAACAAGCAAAUGUCCGUUGGAGUUAUUAGCACCAGAAUCCAAAACUGAAGACAGCAAAGGAAAGGAGCAGGUAUUAUCUUACAGUAUUACCUCCACAGGGUCAAAGGCUAAUAAAAAUGAUUUUGUGUUACAGACUGAAGCUUUGUUAAAAGUGGGGGCAAAAUCUGCAAACAGAGAUACUCAUGCAGAAGAUCAAAUUAAAGGUACCAGUAGCAAAGAGAGAAUGAGCCCAGAAGCAGUAAUGUUGGUUAAUCUCAGAACAAACUCUGAAAGCUCUUUGAAUUUUUCUGAAACUUGCUGUUCCUGCAUAGAAACAGUUUCCAGAAACAGUUUGCCUAAUAUUCAUUUAGAAACAAAUGGAAGUUGGAAAAGAUGUAAUGAAUCUUCCAAAAUGAGGUAUAAAAAAGAUUGUAUAUUUAAUACCGAGUAUAGUCAGAAGGAUAUUUUUGACAGUCAAAAAACUGUAGAAAAAAAAUUGUGUGGCAGAAAGCAGAAACUCACAGAUUUUAAAUCUACGUUUUUGGUGCCUUCCACAAACCCAGAAAAUUUAGCAAUGAAAUCAUGGCAUAGUUCUCCUGGAAAUAUAAAUGGUCAAGAUAUCAGAGAACAUAUCAAUGAUUGCCUUUGUCUGGCAGAUAAAUUAAGCCAAUCAUGCUCCACAUUGCCCCUAAAAGAAUCAGAUCAUGUUCAUAUUAAGGAAAACAUAGACUGUUCAAAAACAUUCUUAAAAGUGGCAAAAGACACAAAUAUUAAAGAGUUAUUUCUUACUCCUCACUUGAUUUCAAAUAAAAACGUACAGAAGCAAACAGAAAACUUCCAUGGGACCAACAAAUACCAGCUCUGUGGCCUUACAACAAGAGGAACAGAUAUACCUGAAUGUCAGUCUUUGGUAUUGUCCCAGCUGCCAAAUUCCUCAGAAAACAAUUCUAAAAAUAAGAAUUUUUCAAAUACAGGAUGUAUAUCAACACAUGUAAAUGCCAAUGUAGUAUUAAAAAAACAUCUGAAAUCAAAGGAUCAGAUAGAAAUGAAAGGAUUGUCUCCAAAUCACAUUAGUUCUGAAUCUCACAUCUGUGAUGUUCACAUCUCAGAAAGAUACAUGGAUAAAUGCAAUAUGGCAAAUAAAUAUGAUAAUACUUGUGUUGUUCAUGCUUCCAUUAUUAAUGCAGAUGUGAAUAAGGAAAGCAAAUGUAUCAAAACUCAAAACCGUGAAGUGUUUCUCAGAGCAUCUGAAGUGAAAAGCAAAUAUGGGCCAAAUGUAGGCUGUGAGAUUCUGACAUCAAAUGGAAAAGAUUUUAGACAACAGGAAUCCAGUACAUCCAAUAUAUUAAGAUAUCCUUUGAAUCAUCUCAAUGAUAUAGAAAAGAAGGCUUGCAACUGUAAUAAUGGUGAAAAUGUUGAUGCUUUUGAAGUAGCACUAAUACCACAUUAUAUAUGCCAGAAGGAAAAAUCAGCUAACAUUUCUGAGUUAAAAGCUUUAUUGAUGGAAAUCCCUGGUCAAGAACUAUUGCAGACAAAGGUUGAAGUUGAGAACUCUUUGGCUAAAUUUAGUGAAACACUAGAGCAUGAGAAUUCAAACUCUCAUCUCAUCACCAUCACGAAUGCUACGAAAUCAGAAGAAUCUCCACACAGAAAAAGAAUUCCUAGUUAA